AUGGAUCAUUUAAACGCCAACCACAUCUACCAUCAUGGACACGGCUAUGGGCCUGUGGCAGAUCCAUACACCGGAGUUCCUCCAGGACAUUAUGAUGCUGCCCCGUCGACAAGGGACUUUGACAGCACGACUCAAUGGGUCAACACUCUGGAAGGUCCAAGCGCUGCGAGCAGCAAACGAGGGCAAGAAGGGCGACAACCUGCCUUCACCCACGACUCCAAUCGGGAACUGAAGGGUGUACGGGUCUCGAGUCACCGGUCUGAAGCCGCGAGUGGUAUCUUGACCAAACCACUCUGGAGGAUAUGGAUGCUGGAGAUGCUAUGCGUUCUUCUCAGCCUACUUGCCUUUAUCACCAUAGUCGUCACACUCUUCAAGUUCGACCGCCAGCAACUACCAGACUGGCCACUGAAAAUCUCACUCAACACCUUUCUUGCUUUCUUCACCACCCUUUCCAAAGCAGCCUUCAUGGUUCCAGUAUCAAUAGCAAUUAGCCAAGCUCAGUGGUCCUGGUUCCUGGACGAAAGACCGCUGCACGACUUUCAUGUCAUCGACCAAGCAAGCAGGGGACCGUGGGGCUCUAUCGUUUUGCUCACUCGAAUCCGUACGAAGCAUAUCGUCGUUAUUGGGGCUUUCAUUACCAUCAUAAGUGUGGUGACAUCUCCGAUAACACAGUUGGCCAUCAGCUACCCAGUUCGGGAGGUUGUGGCAGCCGAGCUUGCAGAAGUUCCAGCGGUUCGCACCGUCAUGUCGCCCAGAGAUGAAGUCACGUUUGCGACGCGCACUGCAAUGCUGGAAGCCAUUACUCCCGACGGAAAGCAAAGCCGCAGAGUACGCAUGGCACCUACUGGAGCGACCUGUCCGACUGGCAAUUGCACCUUUGAUGUGUUCCACUCCUUGGGCGUCUGUGUGGAGAUGGUCGACAUUUCCUCAGCGAUAGUCGUGCAAAGCUGGCCGGGUCCGGAGCCUGGAGAGGAGGCUGUUGUCAAGAACAACGGAUCUGUGGUUAUGAUGGGCGAUCCCUUUUACCCCAGACGCACCAUAUGGAACGCCUCUCUCCCCGGCACGCACGUCGAUCUGGUUCACCAAAGUCGAAUGGCUGCUGUGUCCGAUAUGCUCGUGGGCAACCAGACCGUUGGGUUUGCAGACAAUCCCACUUUGAUGGCGACACGGAUAGCGUCGUUUGUGGAGCUCUACACUGUCCCUAUCCCGCAAGACGACGAGAACAUGCGGCAGCUGACAGAUAUGUCCAACGGCUCCAACAUUGCCAGUGCAACACACCAGUUUCGACACGAAGCCCUCGAGUUUCUGUUUCACCUAUGCGUCCAAACCUACAACACCACUGUCCGAAAUGGUAUACACGACAACCAGCUUAUUGCUACCACUUCACAGCCAACACCGGAGGACUCUGACUUCUUCCUCAACAUGAACUGCAGCUCCAAAGUGGGCGUGCCCACUGGAUGCCGUCAUAGCCCGUCGUCCAAGUGGAAUAUCACGCUGCAUCUCGAGAGCCCACCCAACUCUUCGAUUCCGUCGGGGAGCUUCAGUGCCAACUACCGUGCCAUGGAGUUCAUCGCGGGCGAGAUGAAGACAUACAUGAUGGGAUCUGGGCGGGAAACAUACUACGAGCCGUGGGACUCGCCCAGCCGUGGGGUUGUAACAAGAAGUGACUUUAUCAAAACCAUCAUGCAAAUGGUCUUGUACACCGAGACGACCAUCAUCAACACGACGGCGCGAAUAGAUACCAUGACAUAUCUCUUCAAGAAUAUCGCCACGAGUAUCUCUUACCGACUUAGAACGACCGAUCAAGAACUCCAGCUGUCCAGCGAUGCUUUCAACGUCACAGGGCAGGCGUGGAAGCAGGAAUCCUAUGUUCACAUCACCUGGCCGUGGCUGACCUUUUUGGCGGUUGAGCUACUCGUCGCGUCCAUCUUCUUGGUUGCCACCAUUAUUGGACAAGUCAGAAUGCGCAAGGCAGCCAGACACGAGGCAGGAUCUGACUAUAGUGAGAUGUUUUUUGACUACAAAGACGCUGCCAUCGCCCCUCUCCUCGCUCUUGGUCAACAGUGUCGAAGUGAGGCUGGCGGCGGACUCGGGCCCAGGGAGGUGAUGGAGAAGGCUGCAAAGAGUCUUCGGGUGAAGAUCGACGGGAAUGAAGUGGUUGUUUCUAGGAGUGAAGUCCGGGGGGGUUGA